UGGUCACCUGACCCCGCUGCGGGCGGAGGAGACACAAGGGGAGACGCCGUCGCCGCCGCCGGACCCGCCGCCUCCCGGACCCGCACCAUGCCUUCGGAGAAGACCUUCAAGCAGCGCCGCACCUUCGAGCAGCGAGUAGAGGAUGUGCGACUCAUCCGGGAGCAGCACCCCACCAAGAUCCCGGUGAUAAUAGAGCGGUACAAGGGUGAGAAGCAGCUGCCAGUCCUGGACAAAACCAAGUUCCUGGUGCCAGACCACGUCAACAUGAGCGAGCUCAUCAAGAUCAUCAGAAGGCGGCUUCAGCUCAACGCCAACCAGGCUUUCUUCCUCCUGGUGAACGGACACAGCAUGGUGAGUGUGUCCACGCCCAUCUCAGAGGUGUACGAGAGCGAGAAGGACCAGGACGGGUUCCUGUACAUGGUGUACGCCUCCCAGGAGACCUUUGGAGCCCUGCUGUCAGCGUGAGGCUGCCACAGCCCGCUCAAGGGGGUUUAACCCUUCCCAAGGAAGAAAAGGGAUAUCCCACAUGCGACCGGCCAGUCCUGCACAGACCCUCGAAACUGCCCCACCGGGCUGUGAGGUUCUCCUGUAUUUCAGCAGAAAACCUGAGUUCCGUGUGAGCGCUCUGCUUUGGAGAACCGUUAUUUAACCUAGGCUUGUUUUGUUUUCAGAUCUUAGAAGUUUAAAAAUAAAAUACUUUGCAUCCCAAGUUGCCAAUAAACCAGGCCUGAGCUCAAGUUAUUUUAAUGCUCCUUUUCUCCCCCAGUAGCUUGCAGCUCCAGCAGCAGCAGCCAGGCGGGGUUAGAGCCCACCACCUCUCCGCAGGUGUGUCCCCAGCCGCCUUCCCGAGGCUGGAGGCCCGCGGUCCGGCGGAACUCCCUGCUGCUCUGGCUUUGCAGAGACAGAGACAGGGAGAGCGGGGCUGGCCUGUGGGAAUGGGGCUGCAGUGGGCUUCCUCUCUGGCCCAGGAGGGAGCACUUCCCUGCUGGGCUGAAAGCCAUGGACCCAGCUUUUUUUUUUUUUUUAAUGUUAAGUGUGAGAAUGUUACCAAAGUUUCUCACCUUUGUAAGGGCCGCUGAGUCCCAGUCUUCCUUUCAGGUAUGUGUCUGGAGGAGCUACCUCCUGCAGCCAAGGGGCCUUGAGCCGCCUGAACGCCCCCCCCCCCCCAGCAGCACGGGACGCCCAGUGUGUGUUACAGUAUGUAUAUUCUCAGCCUGUUCUGUUAGCUUGUGUAUGUUGUAUCAGAUUCUUGUAUCUACUGUGUCAUCAGUACAAUUCCUAUAAUACUGCUUAAA